GUGCCCUGGCUGCGCGAGAUGCAUCUUCGUUCCUUCCCUUUGCCGCCAAGUCGCUAUACCCUGAGCCGCCCCAGAUUCUAUAAGUUGCACGCGAAGCCAGCGAUCUCCAUCCCCAACUCCAGACAGUUGACGCAGUCCAGUUCUCCCAACAUGCCAGCCUAUCAAGUUGCCCCCGGAGCGGACCAAUUCUAUCCUCUCAAUAAGCCAACCAUUGGCACUGCCUAUCCAGAGUGUCUAUCCGCAGAAUGCACAGCUGCCUCUUCUCUUCCACCCUUGACUAUCAGGGGAGUGUCGUUCAAGAACAGGAUAUUCGUCUCCCCCAUGUGCCAGUACAGUUCGAAAGAUGGCUAUGCGACCGACUGGCACCUUGGCUUUGCAACUCGUGGUGCCGGCGCCAUCUGCAUGGAGGCGACGUCCGUCGUUCCCGAAGGUCGUAUCUCUCCGGAGGACGCUGGCCUGUGGGAGGACGGACAAAUUGAGCCGCUCAAGCGCAUCGUCAACUUCGCCCAUGCGCACGGCACACUCAUCGAGGGUGGCUGGCCUAACAAAGUUUACGGCCCAUCCGAGCUCAAGUUUGCGGAUACAUUCCCCCUCCCCAAGGAGAUGGACGAAGCUCACAUCCAGUACGUCGAGGACUCGUGGAUCAAGGCCGUGGAACGCUGCAAGACGAUCGGAUUUGACUUCAUAGAGAUCCACGCAGCACACGGAUACCUGUUGCAUGAAUUCGUCUCCCCGCUCUCCAACGUGCGUACCGACAUCUACGGUGGGCAACCUCUGGAAACCGCCUGCGCUUCCCCCUACGCCUCAUCUCGCCCCCUCUUCGUGCGCGUGAGCGCCACCGACUGGGCGGAGGGGCCUGAGAAGGGCGAGGAUGGGCAGUGGAAGCAGUGGGGCAUCGAGCAGACCAAGAUUUACGUCGGGAGAUGGAGAAGCUCGGCCACGGGCGGUAACUGGGCGGACCAGAAGAUCCCGGGAGGACCAGGAUACCAGGUCACUAAGAAGGCCUACCCUAAUCUGCCUCCGGAGCAGGCUGAGGGCAUCCUCAAGGAUGGCAAGGCCGACGUCAUCUUCCUCGCCCGUGCGCUCAUGAGGGACCCGCACUGGCCAAUAGCGGCUGCGGCAAAGUUGGGCGUCGCGGUCAAGCCGGCCUCCAAGAUGCUCAGUCACACCGUCGUGAACUCGAAGAAGUAGUUAGCUCACAAAGAUUUGGUUAUGUCGGAAGGCCGGGAGAUUAAAUGCAACCAGGAUGUACUCGUAGAUGUUGAUGUAUGAUCCCCGCACAGGGACAA